AUGUAUAUGCUGGGUCAGAGCGCCGCGCACGCGUCCUUGGAAUGUUUAUGGGGUCGAAUUCCCAAACUUAGCCUCUGCUGGACGUUGAUUGGCUUAACCGCAGUUGAGGUAAUGAGCAACGUGAGCAAAAGGGAUCGCAGCGAUGUCCUCAAUCGACACCAAAUUUCGCUGCUGACAACGGUAGAAUUAGGAGGAGCACGACCCUCGUUGCAGGAAGCAGGACGGGGGUAUGCUGCUACUUCUGUUGUUGUCCUGGAAGCUAAAGAUGCGUAUGGCAGUUUGUCAGAGGUAAAGAGGGACAAGGAAGGAAACGCUCCGCAUGCCAGAAGUAGAAGCAACAGCAAACAAAGGAGAUACACUGGGAUUGAGAGCCGUGGCGUGGGCGUAAUGUUGCAGGCCGUUGGCGGAGGUGCAGGACGGGAGAGGGCAAGCAAAGAAGGUAUAAGAGACAAUCUACUGGUGAUAUUGGAGGAACGACAUGCUUUGAGACUGAAGGAGAUCGUGGUGCGAGAUUUGCAGAGCACCGGCGAACGUAGGGACAGCAUCUGGUUCAAGACAUGGGGGAGCAGCGCGCACGGCGGUCUCGGUGGGGAGACGGAAUGGCGGCCAGGGGUAAAGGGACUCUGA